GAAGCCGUCUCCGAAGGAAACCAGACCGGGUCCUCUCCUUGAGAGUUGAGGCAGAGAGUGAAGUGGAAGUGUGGAACUGAGGGGGAGAGCGCGCGCGCGCAUAAGCUCCACUACUUAAUUUCGUGACCGCAGCUCUGCCUUACCUUAAACCCACCACCUUCUCUUUCCUCCUUCCUUUUCUCUCUUUGCCCUUCACUUGUUGUAGUUCCUCUCGGAUCGGCAUCGCCGGCGAUCCUCCUUUUCUCUCUCCUCCGCUUUGCACAGUUACCCUAGAACUUGCUCCUUUCUUCCUCUCUUUCCCAUUUCUCCAGUUUUUUUCGUCACCGUCAUCUACACAUCUUUCUGUAGAGUGUAUAGAAUCCUUGCAUCUAGGUCGAUGGAGUUGUACGGACACAACCAGGCUGCCAAUGCGUCGCAAUCGGCGCAGCAGCAAACUGAAUGGAGUCCUGGGCAGGAGACUGGUCUCGAAGAAUCGAUGUGGAGAUUGGGGCUUACCAGUAGCGAACCUUAUCCUGAGCGGCCAGGGGUUCCCAAUUGUGUUUACUAUAUGCGGACUGGGUUUUGUGGGUAUGGUGGUAGGUGCCGCUACAAUCAUCCUCGUGAUCGCGCUGCGGUUGAGGCCGCUGUAAGAGCAACAGGGUUGUACCCAGAACGGGUGGGGGAGCCCCCAUGUCAGUUUUACUUGAAGACUGGAACCUGUAAAUUUGGUGCUUCUUGCAAGUUCCACCAUCCCAAGCAUAGAGGUGGAUCCUUGAGCAAUGUUACUCUAAAUACGCAUGGGUACCCAUUAAGACCGGGUGAAAAAGAAUGCUCCUACUAUUUGAAUGCGGGGCACUGCAAAUUUGGUAUAACUUGUAAAUUCCAUCAUCCUCAGGCAGCUGACACAUUGACAGCAUCUGCACCCCAAUUUUAUCAGCCGGUGCAGUCUCCUUCUAUUCAUAUAUCUGACCAGUAUGGAGCAGCAUCUACCGAGUUGAGAGUGAGGCCUCCAGUUCUUCCUGGUUCAUAUAUGACUGGGACAUAUGGUCCUGUGAUGUUUUCGCCUGGAGUGGUACCUAUUCCUGGUUGGAGCCCUUACUCGGCACCUGUUAGCCCUGUGCUGUCUCCUGGUGCGCAUACUGCUGUUGGAGCAACUUCUCUAUAUGGAGUGAGACAACUGUCUGCUACAUCACCUGUGCCCGCAAGACUGCAUCCUCCCCUGUUGUCUUCUGUAGCCAUCUCUAGUAGUACCCAGAAGGAGCAAACGUUUCCUGAGAGACCCGGUGAACCUGAAUGUCAGUACUACCUAAGAACUGGGGAUUGUAAAUAUGGUUCAUCUUGUCGAUAUCAUCAUCCUCGUGAUCGUGUUGUACCCUCAACAGACAGUGUCCUCAACCCACUUGGUCUGCCUUUGCGUUCGGGGGCUCAACCUUGCAGUUUUUACUUGCAAAACGGGUACUGCAAAUUUGGUUCCUCAUGCAAAUUUGAUCAUCCAAUGGGAGGAGUUGUGAGAUACAGCAAUCCAUCUGCAGCGUCUUCUCUGGUUGAUGUGCCUGUUGCACCUUACCUAGUUGGGUCUUUGCUGGCUACUCUGUCCCCUUCUUCCACUUCCUAUGAGCUGAGACCAGAACUGAUUUCUGGACCCAGAAAGAUAACAUAUUUGAGCCCGAGUCCUCCUGGAAACACAUCCAGCAGCUCAGUUGGGUUGAUAUUCUCUCAGACUGGAUCUGUUCCACUUGCUGAUCUGCAGCUAUCUGGUCAUACAUCUCUUCCUGUGACAAAUAUCAGAAGCGUGGAGGACUGGAGGUGAUGCCAGAGCUUUCAUGAUUAUAUAUAGAGGUGAGUAAUGCAGAGGGUGGGUGGGUUUUUUUGUUAGUAGAUUCGCAGUUAUGAGCAUCACAUUUGUCGUUGUUUUAGUUUCUUCAGAAACUUUGACUGUUAAGCAAAUAGAGAUAUGCAGGUCCGGUUAAUAUGGUUGCUCUUUCCUGUGGUUUUGUUUGGGGGAGUUGGUCCUUCGCUGCUUCCCUUGGUAGUGUGAAGCAGGACCAAUUGACUUGUAGCUCCUAGGUAUUUAUUUGGUUUUGUGUAUGGCAUAGAAAAGAGUUCUUCUAGCUCCCUCAUCUUACGAAUCUGGUUAGGUAGGUAAUUGAUUUGGCUUUGUUGUGUAUGUAUUUCAGCUUCCUUGUUGUUUAAAGGGUGAUAAGUAUGAAGGAAAGGGGGUCUAGGGGCACGCUUG